AUGAAUGACGCCAGACUAACGAAUGACAGUUCUUUCUUCUUUAGAAUGAAUGACCUGAAGCCCGAUCAUGAGCUGACUCCAGGUGUGGCCUUCAUUGCCAUUUUGCUGCAUGAUAAGACGGCUUUGGGCCCCUUCGAUCAGCAAGAUGCUCUUUGGAUUAAGUGUCCUAAAGAGAAGGAAGUCUCGUCCCUGCUGAAAGCCUACAAGAAGCGGCUUCCAGAGGCGGGCGAAAUCGUCCUUCGCCACGACUUUGCAGUAGUCCACGAAAAGACCAAAAUCAGCACUCUUGCUACCCGUCCUCCCAAUGACUUCGUCGCUCUUGAAGCUAUUCGGCUACAAGAUUUAGACAAAGACAAGGCGAAGACAAUGAUGACGCCAUCACGCUCGCCGCUCACUGAAGUCACAAACACUGCCAAUCAAUCCGGCAGCAAGGCUGCGGCUACCAUUCAGAGCACCGAGGAUCUCAAAAUCAAGCAGUAUACGCCACCUACCCGCGCUCUGAGUGGCCAUCCACAGAACGUUCCUGACGCGCAGCAUGUACAGUCGCCGACUCAUUCAAAUCAGUCAGAUCAAAUCGGCUGGGAAGACUUCCUGUUUGAGCGCCUCGAACUCCAGAGACAGCUCGGAACCCUCAAUCCUCUUAAGGAUGACGAAGCAAUCAAGCACGAAUGGCUAGGGUUACAGCCGGGUCAGAAGAGUUUCUUCAUCCAGAGAGGAGCCAAAGUAACAGCUACCGAACGACCAGAGCCCGUCUUAGUCCGCCGUGUUCAGCACGGAACCUUCUGGUGCUUCUACUACGAGCGGUAUUUUGCGUUUCAGAGAGGUAGUGUAGACCCUCAUCGCGAUUUUGUGUCUCAAAUACAUCACUCCGAGAUCUGCACGCAUCUCUGGACCAGAAUGGGCAGCACGGAGAAAGCCCGGUAUACGAACAUAGUUAUGAACCAUGUCCAGGCAGCAGUGCACAGAGGUAUCGUGGAUAGCAUGCCAGGUCCCGUCAGCAACGCCCAAACUUUUCCGCAUAAUGGAGACACUACGCCUGGCUUCAAGCGAGAGCCAACGCCUUCGCCGGAACCCGAGGACAGCACGAUUGCUAGUUUCGACGGCUUAGCAGAAACGAAAGAUUUCCAUGUCGACCUUGAGGAUGCUGUGAAUUCUCAGAACGAAGCACCAGUCCGCCUCAGCAUGUCUGAACUCUUCGAUCAUCGCACACCGGAGCAGCUGGAAAGAGGGGUUGAGAGAGGUGUCGAACUGCUCAGCGACAUUCAUCGAACUUUGCAGGAACAGCCUAGUGAAGAAGCUGGCCAGUGGAUUCAAGCUCUGGAGAAGGUGCAAAAACAAGCAGCGCGGUCAAGGACUGUGAUUGGGGUGGUCGGUGCCACCGGUGCAGGAAAGAGCUCGGUCAUCAAUGCUAUGCUGGACGAGGAACGUCUGGUGCCCACCAAUUGUAUGCGAGCGUGUACCGCAGUCGUCACCGAGAUCAGCUACAAUUAUGAUGAUGCUGCGCCGUACAGAGCUGAAGUUGAAUUCAUCUCCCGCGAUGACUGGCUCAAGAUGCUCAAGGUAAUGUUUCAAGACUUACUCGACGGCAGCGGCCAAGUAUCUCGCGAGUGUACGAACGAAGAUUCAGAGAGUGGCAUUGCUUAUGCUCAAGUAAAGGCUGUGUACCCCAAGCUAACGAAGGAGGAGAUGGAGCAUGUCCCAAUUGACAGACUAAUGUCACACGAGAACGUGAAAUGCCUAGGUACCACUCGCAACCUAGAGGCAGACGACCCGUUGCUGUUCUACAAGAAAUUGCAGCAUUACGUCGACAGUAAAGAAAAAACAUCUGGCAAGAAGGAGGAUGGGGAGAAAGAGAAGAAAAAGCCUCGCGAGAUGGAAUUCUGGCCACUCAUUCGAAUGGUCAGACUAUAUGUCAAGGCUCCCGCCUUAGCCACGGGUGCCGUCAUUGUCGACCUUCCAGGUGUACAUGACAGUAACCAAGCCCGUGCUGCGGUAGCUCAAAGCUAUAUGAAACAAUGUACUGGACUGUGGAUCGUUGCGCCCAUCACAAGAGCUGUCGAUGACAAAUCUGCGAAGAACUUGCUCGGCGACAGCUUCAAACGACAGUUGAAAAUGGAUGGUGGUUACAAUUCCGUCACUUUCAUCUGUAGCAAGACGGACGACAUCUCCAUCACGGAAGCUCAGGAUUCCUUAGGACUUGAGGAAGAGCUUGGUCCGAUGUGGACAAAAUGGGAAGGACUCCGGAAGAAGAAGAAUGCUUUGAAGAAGCAGAUUGAGGAUCUCAAGGACACCAAGUCCGACAUCAACGCAGCCAUAGAAGCCGCCGAUGAGGAGGUCGAAGUCUGGGAGAAGUUGCAAGAAGACUGCAAUGCUGGCAAACCCGUCUACAAGCCCAAAGCAGCAUCUCAGAAGCGCAAACGUGUAGAGGUUUCUAUCCCGUCAAAGAAGAAACCCAAGUAUGCUGAGCCUGAUACGGACGACGAAUUCAAUGACGACGGCGAAAAUUCCGACAAUGAUGCAGCGUCCGACUAUGCCUCCUCCGAUACAAAUGAGGAUCGCGGGCCCCCCUUGACCGAUGACGAGAUCACAAGCAAAAUUGCAGAGCUGCGAGUGGCGAAGAAAGAAGGACGACGCGAGAAGCUCGGCAUUGACGAGCAGAUGAAGGACCUUCGCCGGGAGAUCGAGCAAAUCGACAAAGAAAAUGAGUCGAUCGAUGCCGAGCUUUCAGCCAAAUGCAUCUCUGGCCGCAACGAAUUUCUCAACAGCCUCUUUCAGCUUCUCAACUCCUUGAGGCUAUGGGCGUCCAACGACGGUACCGGCAAUAAUCUCACUGAGGAUCAGUUGCAGCGAGAGGCCCAAAUCCUGAAAGAGAGGCUGAACAAGCUUGACUCUGCACUCGAGAAGGCAGUCUCGAACCUCAUGGGCGGAAUCGCCGACGAGCUGCAAGACAAGGUCUACGAUGUUUACCCAGCUGCCACAACGGCCGCGAAAUCACAGGCAGACGACACUGCUCGCAAGUGGGGGUCGCCUGUCAAUCGGGACAAUCGUGCGGCGGGAGGCCUCUACUGGGCAACGUACAAAGCUGUUGUACGCCGCGAAGGAUGCUUUACAAACGCUUGGGGCUGUCAUAACUUCAACGAGCAGCUAGUAGAGCCGGUCAUUCGCCACAUCGCUGGUCCUUGGGAAUCUGUUUUCAGCCGCAGAAUGCCAGGAAUUCUGAAUGGGCUUCCCCUUCACGUAGGCCAAAUGCUCAUGGCGUUCCACGAGGAAGUGGAACGUCGUGCAGUACGCAAUGGUGUCUCCACUGCUGCAUUCCAUAUGCUCAAGCAUCAGCUAGCCGGGUACAAGGAGACACUCAAAGAUGCAAUGAACGAGGCACGCGCCAAAAUCACCGAGAAGCAGCGAGAGAUUAAUCGAGAAUUCGAGCCUCAGAUCACCAAGCACAUGCUGGACAUCUACGAUGUCUGCGUGAGGGAGUCUGGGCCAGGUUCGUACGCGAGGAUGAGAGCUAACAUGGCCCGAUACAUCGAGGAAGAAAAGGAGUCGAUGUUCGAAGACGCCGUCGAGCAUGUUCGCCGGCUCAUCGAGAAGAUGUUGAAGGAGGUCAAAGAAGACAUGCUCACCAAGGUCGACGGAAUCUUCAUGUCCAUCGAAAGAGACUACACUGGCGUAGUCAUCGGUCAAGACAAGGGAGAGAAGACCGAGGUCCUCCCACGCGAUCAGCGUGCAUUGCGAAAAGCGGUGAUCAAAGUCGUCGAUGGGGCAGAACUGAUCUUCAAGCGAGCUGUGGGCCUUGAGCCUGACCCAGGUCCAGAGCCAGGACCAGACGCUAGAGUCAAGACCGAAGACUGUGAAGGCAAAGAAGGAGAGACCACGGGGCACGCGGAUGCUGCAACCCUAACGAAUGAGGCCGCAAAGAGCGCAUCACCAAAAUCCGGCGCAAUAAAGCUUGAGGAUGAGCCAGAAGCAGCUUCAAAUGAGGUCCCAACACCACCGAGCAUGCGUCCUUCGCCAGCUGCUCAUGAACAAGCGACAGUCCAAGCUCAAGCUCCGCCAGCUACAACAUCGGAGCCUUGGGGGUUCGAUGCGUUGAAUAAUGAUGUCGCUGCCAAUGGGUCUGUGAAUGUGCAGCAGUCCAUCGCUGCCCAAGCUGCUGGCGGUGUCAGACCUGCCGAGAAUGCAGUCAAGGAAGAAGCAGGUCCCUCUUGA